AUGUCAGCUGUAAGAAGAGUAUUUACACAAAAUCUUAUAAAAAGUUUCAAUUCUUUUAAAACACCAGGAAAGUCUCUAAGAUGCUUUGCUACAGAAGCAACAGAAAAUAAAAUUAUUCAAGAUAAAUUAGAAUCUAAUAAUAAUAAUAAUAAAUAUGAACCUCACUCAUCAACGCCUACUGGUCGUGGACCAGUUGUACCGGAGCAGUACCGAUUUAUUUAUCCAGAAUUUUUACCGGAUCCAACACCACAACAUCGCAAUAAUAUGAGAGAAAAAUUAGAACGUAUGGAUAUGUUGUCAAGAAGAAAAGUGAUAGAUAUUCCAGAGUUUUAUGUCGGUUCAAUACUUGCUGUUACUUAUACAGAGCCACAUGCUCCAGGAAAAUCUAACAGAUUUGUUGGAAUUUGUAUUAAACGGACAGGUUGCGGUUUACGAGCUGAUUUUUUGCUAAGAAACGUAAUCGACCAUCAAGGAGUGGAAGUACGGUUUGAUAUGUAUGACCCGGCUAUCCAAAAAAUCGAGUGCUUGAGACUUGAAAAAAGAUUAGAUGACGAAUUGUUGUAUCUGAGAGAUGCACCUAAUGAGUUUAGUACAGUUCCAGUUGACAUGGAACCAGAGUAUCUACCAGAAGGAGCUCCAGUCCCUGUCAACAAAACUAUAGUACCUUUAAAACCAUUACCUUGGGGCACUAAGUGGGAACAAAGUAAUAUGAAAGGAUUAUCAGCUAACCUUGAUUUAUUGACUAAGAAUCGUCUGAGAAAACGAGAUGCCAGUGCUAAACCCUGGGAAAAAUAUGAUCUUAUGAAAAUAUACAGAGAAACUAUUCCUGAAGAAGAACAACAAGCUAUUUAUUCAGAAGUUUUUAUGAAACUUCACAGCUUAGAGUUAUCAAGAAAGAAGCUCAAACGUAAGCGUGAUUUUGUUCGUCCAACUAAAAAAGCUUAA